AUGGCCAUUGUAACUAUGCUUGAAAACGACAUACAGAAAAUAGCCAAAAUAGAACAAGAGAUUGCCGAGAUUGUAAUAAGACAUUGUUUUCGCCUUCACGCCGGUCGGCAGUUUCGGUCAAGUCUUGGCCUCACCAACACUUCAAACGGUGAGCGAUUUGUACCAAUCCACGAUGCAACCAUUGCGCAAAUGAGGCUUCGCCAAAUCAUUACUUGUCGGCCAGGCGAGCAGGUAUUUUCAACUAAAAUCGGUGUUGUUACUUUUAUUCAAUGUAAGUAUGCUUCUAAACUAUCAACAAUGCCCGAUCAAGUGGUCGUCAUGACGGGGUUCCUCUGGAAGGCCAAGGUGCAUGUCCGUAAUUCCGGAUGUUCUCGCCAACUGGACCAG